CGUUAAAAUAUAAAAUAAAAUAUUUAUAUAUGCAUAAACCAUAGCUUCUUAUGAUACCGUGGAUAUAAUCUAAUAAAGAAUAAUAAAAAAAAUGCUAAAAGUGUUGAUUUUAAGACAACAAGGUCUAUAAUUUAUGCAUGAGAGUAAAUUUCAGGUGUGAUUUAAUAAUUAAGCCUUUCAUAUAUUCUUGUCCAAUUUUUAUUUUUUUAAUGUAUGGUCCAUAGUACUUCUUGCGGUUGGUGGUUUUCUCGUUGUUGAGAUUUUCGCUGGGCAUUACAAUUCAAUUCGGCUUUUGAUGGGCACACCACAAACUCAUUCACCCACUCCUCACUCCUCACAAUAGUGUGUGUAUAUAUAAAUGUGUGUGUUUUUCUUAGCUGUAAAGAAGGCCCACUGUAGUUUGCUUACUCGGUCGCAUUGUGGACUCAAUUAGACUUGAAAAUGUUUUUGUGUUCCUUACUUUCUUCUCAUGUUUUUUAAAGUCUUUCUCUUUCUUUCUUUCCCUUUUUUAACACCUUGAUGUAGAAGUAAUUACUCAGCCUUGUCGGGUGUUUUGAUUUUUCCCUCCUGUUUAAUUUUAGUGUCUUUUUCUUCUUAUACCCAAUUGUGCUUUGGCGUUGUUUAAGGAUUUUAGAAACUGGGUCUUUGUUUUUGUUUCUUCUUAGCCUGUUCAUGGACCCUGCAGGGAAAGCUACAGGGUUUCACAAAGAGGGCAAUGACUGGUUUUGCAAUGCAGGGUUGCCAAGUGAUAUAACCGUUGUUGUAGAUGGCAUAAACUUCCACCUUCACAAGUUUCCACUAGUAUCCAAAUGUGGGAAGAUAGCAAGAAUAUGUGAAGAGUCCCUUGAAAAGGCAUUCACCACUGCUCUUGAAGAAUUCCCUGGUGGUCCCGACACUUUCUUGAUCAUAGUAAAAUUUUGCUAUGGCAUGCGGGUAGAAUUGACGCCACGAAACAUAGUUAAUGUCUUCUGUGCAGCAGACUACCUAGAAAUGACAGAUGAGUUUGGGGAAAGUAACUUGCUUUCAAAAUCAGAUAGUUUCUUUCAUAAGAAUGUACUUCGCAACUGGAAGGACUGUAUAUUGGCUCUUCAGAGUUCAGAUCCUGUUUUGCCAAGGGCUGAAAAGCUCCAGAUAGUAAGCAAGUGCCUGAAUGCUUUAUCUAUGAUGGUCUGCACAGAUCCUAGUUUAUUUGGAUGGCCCAUGAUGAUGUAUGGUAGCUUACAGAGUCCGGGUGGUAGCAUCCUGUGGAAUGGAAUCAACACUGGAGCAAGAAUGCGAAGCACAGAAUCUGACUGGUGGUUUGAGGACACAUCUUACCUGAGUGUAUAUUUGUUUGAAAAAUUAAUCCAUGCAAUGGAAAAGAGGGGUAUAAGACCUGAAAAUCUUGUGGGUGCAAUUAUGCAUUAUGCUAGGAAGUACCUACCAGGCCUGGGCCGGUGGCAGAGUGGACGUGGCAGAACUAGAACUGUUGCCAGUUUCAGCAUGACGCCUGCUGCUGUUGAUCAAAGGGUUUUAUUGGAAACCAUCGAAAAGCUUCUACCGGAAAAGAAGGGGAAAUCAUUCUGCCGUUUCUUACUGGGACUUCUUCGUGUUGCACUGAUAUUGGGUGUCAGCCAAACCUGCAAGGACUCUUUAGAGAGGCGAAUAGGGAUGCAAUUGGAUAUGGCAACUCUCGAUGGUCUUCUUAUCCCUACUUACUCGGAUUCUGAUACUUUAUACGAUACUGACUGUAUGGAACGGCUCAUUGAUCACUAUAUGACUUCAGAUUCAACAAUAACAUCAUUUUCUCCACCAUCAUUGGACCUGGAAACGUCACCAUCAUCUGAACCAUUAAGAAAAGUUGCAAAAUUGGUGGAUAACUAUAUCGCGGAGGUUGCUUCUGAUGUAAAUUUGAAACCCAGAAAGAUGUGUUUACUUGCAGAGGCCCUUCCAGAUUCUUCAAGACUACUGCAUGACGGGCUAUAUAGAGCAUUGGACAUAUAUUUCAAGGCGCAUCCUUGGCUUUCUGAGAGAGAGAAGGAAGAACUCUGCAAUGUCAUUGACUACCAGAAACUCUCAAUUGAUGCCUGUGCACAUGCUUCCCAGAAUGAAAGAUUGCCACUUAGAGUGGUUCUCCAAGUCCUGUUCUUUGAGCAGAUGCAGCUGAGAACUGCUCUUGCUGGCUGUCUCCAUGUCUUGGACGCUGAAAGUGCUCCUGCAGGUCCAACGACUGUCCCAAGUGACAUGGCAGGGCAGAUAGUACAGAGAGAUGGGUGGGUGACAGUUGUGCGUGAGAACCAGGUUUUAAAAGUACAUAUGGAAAAUAUGAGGUCUAGAGUUGGGGAGCUUGAAGAAGAAUUUAGUAAAAUAAAACAAGAGAUGAAGAGAGUGACUAAAUCACAUAGCUCUCUUAGCUCCCCUCGCUUGGUUCCCCGGAAAAUGGGGUGCAAGCUUCUUCCACGAUCAUCGGAUGCCCAACCUGUUACAGUCGACAGCAAUGUAGCUACUCCAAGAGCAUCAGUUGAGCAACCACGUACAUCCCGACAUUCUAGACAUAGGAAAAGUUUCUCUUUGUUUUGAGAGUCAACACAGGGGAACGAAAGACACAUAAGUACAAAUUCAAAGGGCAGAAAAGCAAGUGUUCAAUGAGCAGCAAUCUAAUCAAGAUUUCUGGAAAGUACCACGGCUUCUUAUCAUUCAACUGGACCAUUCUUCUUUGUCAAUGGGGAAGUUCUCUUUUCCGAGCUUUUAGAGAGAUAAGUAAAUGAUGAGUUGUUUGCACAGAAUGACAGAAAUUCGAAAAUGCAAUAUGCUCCAGUCCAAAUCUGGAUUAUAGGCAUGCUAUCCCAGAUUUUGAGUGGAGCUUCCAUACAUCAUGUAUUUAUCACAGAGAAAAAAGAAACAGCAAAAAAAGAAAAGAAAGAAAGGAUGUCCUUAUCACAUUUAAGCCUCUCUUUUCUUCACCAUUUUGGGGAUCCCCUCUUACGUGUAUAUACAUCCACAUAUCUGUGAAUUGUUUUGUGAUUACUGUAAUUUGGCAUAUUACUCAAUAUAUCAGAAAGUUCACCUGGCA